AUGGCUGCUGCCGACGUGGACGUUGGCUACAUUGCAGGCCACCUUGGCCUCGACGAGCCUGUUGUACAGAGUCUCGCCACCGAGCCAACUGUCGACCUUGUAACAGCAUUACUGCAGGCGGUUGCGACCAAGGCGCAUGAAUUCGACGAGUUGUACGCCGCCAAGCUCCAGAUUGACAUUGAGCUCGAAAACACGGUCCGAGGUGCCGAGUCACGAUCCCAGGGAUAUCAAGAAUCGACCAACAAAGCACUCAAGGAUUUGGAGGAGGCCCGCCAGAAGCUCAAGGAGGAGGAAACAACCCGACUUUCUCUCGAGAACGAGUUGCAAUCCCUUAAGACCAAGGGAACCGGGCACGAAGCGGAGCUCAAGGCGCUAAACGACAAGAUUGAGACGCUACAGUCAUCAAACCGAACGAGUCUUAGCAUCAUCGAGUCGAAUAACAAGCGUGACCAGGCCUUGUCCGAGGAGCUAACCAAGCAACAUCAAAAGAACUCGGAACUGUCGCGUGAAAUCACUUCUUUGCAGCAAGCUGAGCAGAAUGCCAAGGGCCAACUCAGCAGCGCAAAAUACCGUGAGGAGUCGCUUCAGCAGCAGCUUACUCUCGCCCGCAGGAACGCCGAAUGGCUUGAGUCCGAGCUCAAGACGAAGAGCGAGGAGGGUCUCAAGUAUAGAAAGGAAAAAGGAGCACGGAUUGCCGAACUUCAGCGACAAAAUGAGGACGCCAAAGCCGAUAUUGAUUCCCUCAAGCGCGGAGAGCAGCAACUGCGUGACCGAUUGAGCACCAUGCAAGCAAAGGCUGACGAAGCACUUGUGAAGCUCCAGAAGCAGGAGGCCGCCUUCGCGACUACGGUCGAGAGCUACAAGCAUGAACUCGGGGAUCAAAGGCGGCUUGUUGACAUGUCUGACCAGCUCAGCAAGAAGCAUCAGCAGAGAGUGAGCGAACUGGAGAGCGAGAAGGAUCGACUGAAAGACAACUACGAGAACGAGAUUCACCGAUUACGACUUGAACUCGAACAGGAGCGACAAGCCAGUUCCGAGCUCGAGGAAAAGAUCUCCCAACUCGAGGCACAGAUUGAGCAGCUUCAGACCCGACCUGAGUUUGCCCUGCCCCCUUCUCGACCACAAACCCCUCGACCAAACGGCGCAGCCUUCGGCCGUCCUUCGUCCCCCUUUGCCACACCUGGGUCCCUCCGCGGCAAGUCUGUUCUGAGUGCCACCCAGGCCAUCGACCAAGCCCACCAUUUCAAGGAUGAGCUGGCCAAGGAAAGGCGCAAGAACAACAAGCUUCGUGAAGACAUUGACGAUAUGAUGGCCGCGCUCGAGGCCAAGGGUCCCGAAUUCCAGGAUCUCCAGUCCGAAAACGAGACGUUGCGAACCGAAAUUACACGAAUGUCGGAACUCUCUCAGCAAAGCUUUGAGGAGCGUGAUAACGCCAAGAAGGCGGCUAGAAAGGCCGAGAAUGCUUUGCAGACUGCCCAGUCUGAAGCUAAAAUCUUGCGCAUGCAAGUACGAGAUCUGGGAACUCAGAUCCAGAUGCUUGUCUUCAACAUCUACGCAAUGGAGAAGGGCAUGGAUCAACUCUCUGAAGAGGAAAAGAUUCGCCUGCAGCAGCUUUCCAGGGGUGAGAUCACAGAAGAAGCCCUGUCCGAUAUGUCCGACACGCACCAGUUCAUCACCGAAAGACUUGUCGUCUUCAAGGACAUUCAAUCUCUCCAGCAAAAGAACGAAGAGAAUGCCGCCACCAUUCGACAAUUGGCCGAACAGAUGGACAGCGACGAGGCUAUCGCGGCAAAACGCCAGGCCAAGGAGGAUCACGACAAGGUUCAGCGUUUGGAACAAGAGCUUUCUCACAUGGCGGAUGAAACAAACUCAAUGAAGGCAGUCAUAGAGAGCUGCAAGAGAGAGCGUGACAUGUUCCGCCGCAUUCUUCAACAGAGGGGAGCUGUCGCAGAUGACUCGUCUAUGCUUCGAGCUUCCUUCAGCGACAGCCAGCGCUUGCCGCUUUCCACCAUCGAGCCGGGUGAGCAAGUCGAUGCCUUGAACGAGGCUCUUCGAAAACUACAGUCCGAAUUCGAUGGCUACCGGAGCGCACAAGAGGGUGUGCGCACAGACUUCCGCACCAAGGUAGAUAAUUUGGCGUCGGAGAAGAACUCGCUUCAGACCGACAAGAUUAAGCUGCAAGGCGAGGUCAAGCUCGAGUCGGAGAGGAGAGAGAUGCUGCAAGGCAACUAUGUCGCCCUCCAGACCCAAAACGUCGAGUUGCAGAAGCGUAGCCAAAUCCUGUCCGAGGCGGCCGCAAAGCAAGAUAUUCGCACUCAGCAGGUUGCUGAGGAGCUCGUCGAGGCUAAGGGUCUCCUUGAUAGCAUGCGGAACGAGGCUGCCAAUCUCAAGGCAGAGAAGAAAUUGUGGAGCGACAUUCAGGAAAGGUUGACAAAGGACAACGAGACCCUGAUUGAAGAGAAAAAUCGUCUCAACAAUAUCAUCUCCACCCAGCAGUCUCUCGAGAAUGAGCGCACCUUGGCCGAAUCCGAGGCUCGCCGCAAAGCCCAAGCCCGAGUGGAGACUUUGGAACGAGAACUGGCCGACACGCACAGGAAGCUGACGCAAGAGGCAGAGGAGACGAAGAACCUUCAAUUGAGGAAGGAAUAUGAGGGCAAGGAGGCCCAGAAGCGUAUCGACGAGCUCAUGGCAAGUCUGAGCCAGCUUCGCGAGGAGCAUGUGGCCACCAAGACCAGCCGCGAUCAUCUCCAAGCUCGGGUAAAUGAGCUGACGGUCGAGCUGCGCAAUGCGGAGGAGCGAGUCGGCAGAUUGCAGCCUCGUCCCACACCUCGACCAGGGUCGACAGCCGAGAACACGCAACAGCAGCAGGAUUCGGCAGCUGAGAUCGAAGAACUUAACAACGAGGUGUCCGAUCUUAAGCGUGAGCUCGACCUGGCCGGGACCUACCUGGACAACGCAAAGGCUCAGGCAGAGCAAUACAGAGAACUCAGCCAGAGCAACGAGGAGGCUUUGGAAGAUCUUCGUUCUUCACAAGAACAAUACCAGCAAGAAAUGGAAGCUAUUGUGGAGGAGAAGAACGCGAAGAUCAAGGAAUUACAGCAACGCAUCGAUGACGUUUCGUCCGAACUAUCCCAGACCAACACGGAGCUCUCAUCCUUGCGAGACGCCCAGGGAGAAGUUACCCGCCGAUUCCAGGAUGAGAAGGCCAUUCUGGAGGAGGAGCUGAACCGUCUGAAGGAGGAAAGCUCUAGGCAUGUGGAGGCUGCGCGAUUCCACCAACAGGACUUGCGUGCCCAGGCUGAAAUCGCUUCGAAGGCCCAGCAGGAUUAUGAGCAGGAACUUGUCAAGCAUGCAGAGGCGGCAAAACUUGUUCAGCAAUUGCGCACAGAAUAUAACGAGCUGAAGAGCGAAUCUGCCACGCUGCGAGCUGAGGCUGAGUCCGCCAAGGUAGCACUGUCGCAGAGCGAGGGGUCAUGGGAAGAUCAGCGACAACGCUUGGAGCAAGAGAUGCAGGAGCUGAAGGCCCGAAGAGAGGAUGUUAAUGCCCAGAACAAGCUCCUUCAUCAGCAACUCGAGAGUCUAACCGCACAAGUGACGAGUCUUCAGCAAAGCCGAUCAUCGGAAGACAACGAUGAGGCGAUGUCGCCCGUUGCAUUUGGUGACGUUAGCGAAGGACUGCGCGAGCUCAACAGCUAUCUGAGACGUGAGAAGGAAAUCCUCGAAGUCCAAUACGAUCUCAAGACGCAAGAGGCGAAGAGGCUCCAACAACAACUUGAGUAUACCCAGACCCAGCUCGAUGAAGCUAGGCUCAAGAUGGACCAAGAGCGUACCCAGGCAUCUCAAAAUAACAGAGGGUCAAUGUCGCAUCACGACCUGAUGGAGAAGCUCAAUGAGCUCAACCUUUAUCGCGAAAGUAGUAUGAUGCUUCGUAAUGAGAACGCAAGGAUGAAGGAUGCUGUCGCGGAAAAGACUCAGUUGGUUGAGGAGAUGGAGGCCAAGAUCCAACCCCUGGAAGCUGAGAUUGAGAGCCUCAAGGGUCAGCAGUCAUUCUUGCAGGAGGAGAUCAAACAAGUUCAAGAGGACCGCGAUCGCUGGCAGAAGCGGACCGAGGGCAUCCUCACCAAGUACGGCCGGGCAGACCCUGCUGAGCUGGAGGGUCUCAAGGAGAAGGUCGCUACUCUGGAGACGGAGAAUCAGACCUUGAAGGAGGGCGAGCAGCCACUCAAGGACAAGGUUUCCGAGAUUGAGGCAUUGCUUGAGUCUGAGCGGGCAGCCUGGGCCAACACUCGAGCCAGGUUGGCAGAGCAAUUCAAGGACCGAUCGAAGAGACUCACAGGAGAGAAGAAUGAAGCCAACCAGCGAGUUACUCAACUGCAGGAGCAGCUGGACAAGGCUACUGAGGAAUUGGGCUUGGUUCGGACCCAAGUAGAGGAAUUGAACGGCGAAAAAUCCGGACUUGAACAGCAGUUGCAAGACCACGAGACACAGGUAGCCCAGUUGCAGCAGCAAGUCCAGGAGGCUCAAAAUGCAGCAGCCCAGCAGCCUGCUACCGUCCCGACCCCGGUUCCGGCGGAAACCUCGGCAGCAUCAGACGAUGUUCGUCAAACCCAGCUCGAGCAGCAGCUCGCGGAUGCACGCCAGGAGCUCGAGAGCGUUGGCGUUCAAAAACAGGAAACAGAACAGCAACUCGAGCUCCUUCGUUCCCAACUGCAAUCAGCCAUGGCCGAGCGCGACGACGCUGUACGUAGUCUCCAAGAGGCCGCUGCCUCCGCUCAAGUACCUGCAGCAGAGCCUGCCAACCAAGUCGACAACACAGGCGAAGCAACUACUGAACCUCUGCAGCCCAAUGCUGAAUCUGGUCUAUCCGAGGCCGAGAAGAAACAGCUGGAGGACAAGAUCACAGCAGCUGAGGCAAAGGCCGCAGAAAGUGAACAGAAGGCUGCAGACAUUGAGGCCAGGAUCAGUGGAAUCGUCAAGGAACGCUCUGACCGCAUGAAGGAGACGCUCAACAAUCGACUCAGAGACACGAAAGCCAAGUUGGAGGAGGAGUUCAAGGGUAAGAGCGAUGAGCUCAAACUCAAGUUUGAACAGGAGAAGCAGAUUUGGCUGGCUGAAAACUCAUCAACAGCUCAGCCAGGAGAGCAACCACCAUCCACCCCGGCCAAGACGGAGCCUCCCGCUGGAGGUUUGCCAGCGACUCCCAAUACCAACGGACCGGUUGAUCUAUCGCAGCUUGACGACGCGUCUGUGCGGAGCUUCUUAGCGUCCAAUGCUACUGUUAAAAGCAUCAUCGCCGCGAACAUCAAAAAGAAGGUCGAAUCAGAGCAAGCCAAGACGGUUUCUGACUAUGAGGCAAAGAUAGUGUCAGCUCGGGAACAAGCGCAGCUCCUCGAGUCCAAGAAGUCUACUCUUCGAAUCAACAUGUUCGAAAACAAGCUCAGGCAAGCCAAUGCAAAGAUCGGCGUUGUCGAAACGGCAGCCAAGGAGACUCCACAGAAGCCUGUUGUUGAGGUCUGGGAAGUGGCUAAGACAACGAUCCCGCCGCCAGCAACACCCGCAGCAGCAACACCUGGAGGCCGCCCAACGCCAGCUCGACAGGCAUCUACUGCCGGUGCCGCAGGCGGGCCAUCGACUCCAACAUCCGCGAAGCCAGCUGCAGGCUUUGGGGCUCCAAGCCCAAGCACAGUCCCGACCUUGGCAGCACCUCUGCCUCCCAAACCAGCUGGUCAACAGACUCCCGCGGCAAAAGCGCCUGCACCUGCACCUGCUGCGAGCACACCGGGCCAAGUUAACCCCUUUGCUGUGCCUGCAGACUCGGCAGACAAGAACGCCCCGAAUCCCUUUGCAGCUAAGCCGGCAGAUCCUGCAACACCUGCUGCACAAGUUCAACAGCGUCCACCGUCUCAACAACAGGAUAACAAAUCGGGUCAGCAGGCCAACGCGCAACAAGGGCAGCAGGGCCGAACAGGUAUUCCAUUGCCGCGAGGCGGAGGCCGCGGACGAGGCACUUACGUCGCUCCAGGGCAGCGUAAUGCCAGUGCAGGCGACAGCGGGCUACCACAGCCUGGUGGCGGCCGAGGAGGUCGGGGCGGCGCACGAGGGGGACGAGGAGGAAUGAAUCCAGGAGCGUCCGAUUUCCAGCCGGGAAACAAGCGUCCGCGUGGGGAUUCGGAAGUUGGAGGUGGUGCAAAGAGGCCCAGGGGCUCGCACUAA